CAUCUAUCUUCACCUACCCGAUACUCUCUCACAUACUCUCUCUCCUCUCUCUGUCCGUCGCCGCCUUAUACUCGUCCCGCUCACUUUGUCGAGCCGUUGAGUCUCUGCCCCACCGUCGCGCCGCCGCUGUCUGGACCUCAAAGUAAUUCUAUCAACACUUCUCCCAGUGGCUUGAAAGCAAAGAGCAUUCAGAUUUCUCUGACGUUGCACUUAAGGUGUUGAAAUUGAACUUCCAAGAUGGUGCAGUAUAACCUUAAGAAGAUUACUGUAGUACCAAAUGGAAAGGACUUUAUUGACAUUAUUCUGUCUCGCACCCAAAGACAAACACCUACUGUUGUCCACAAGGGGUAUGCUAUUUCCCGUCUCCGUCAGUUUUACAUGCGCAAAGUAAAGUAUACCCAACAGAACUUUCAUGAGAAGCUGUCUACAAUCAUUGAUGAGUUUCCUCGACUGGAUGAUAUCCACCCCUUUUAUGGGGACCUUCUUCACGUUCUCUACAACAAAGAUCACUACAAGCUCGCCCUUGGUCAAAUCAAUACUGCAAGGAACCUUAUUGGUAAGAUUGCUAAAGACUACGUAAAAUUGUUGAAGUAUGGUGACUCACUGUACCGAUGCAAGUGUCUGAAGGUUGCUGCUCUUGGCCGCAUGUGUACUGUGAUAAAGAGGAUUGCUCCUAGUUUGGCGUACUUGGAACAGAUUAGACAACACAUGGCGAGGCUACCUUCAAUUGACCCGAAUACUCGAACGGUCUUGAUUUGUGGGUACCCCAAUGUUGGCAAGAGUUCAUUCAUUAACAAGAUCACUAGGGCUGAUGUAGAUGUCCAGCCCUAUGCAUUCACAACUAAGUCGCUCUUUGUUGGUCAUACAGACUACAAAUACCUACGGUACCAAGUCAUUGAUACACCAGGAAUUUUGGACCGUCCUUUCGAAGAUCGCAACAUUAUUGAGAUGUGCAGCAUCACGGCUCUGGCGCAUCUGCGUGCUGCUGUGUUGUUCUUCUUAGAUAUCUCAGGGUCUUGUGGGUAUAGUAUUGCGCAACAGGCUGCUCUUUUCCACAGCAUUAAGUCUCUAUUUAUGAACAAACCGUUGAUUAUUGUCUGCAACAAGACCGACUUGCAACCACUGGAAGGGAUAUCUGAGGAAGACAUGAAGUUGGUCAUGGAGAUGAAAGCUGAGUCUAUGAAGACUCUGAUUGGUCAGGGAGGUGAGGCUGCUAGUGACCAGGGGGUGCUUUUGACCAUGAGCACUUUGACCGAAGAUGGGGUAAUAUCUGUAAAAAAUGCUGCUUGUGAAAGGUUAUUGGAUCAGAGGGUGGAAUUGAAGAUGAAAUCCAAAAAGAUAAAUGAAUGCUUAAAUCGUUUUCAUGUUGCAAUACCAAAGCCGCGGGACCAGAAGGAAAGGCCACAUUGUAUUCCGCAAGCAGUAUUGGAAGUUAAAGCUAAGCAAGCAGCUGAGAAGGAAAAGAGGAAAACUGAAAGGGAUUUGGAGGAUGAGAAUGGUGGUGCAGGUGUAUACUCUGCUAGUUUGAAGAAGAAUUAUAUGUUAGCCAACGAUGAAUGGAAAGAAGAUGUAAUGCCUGAAAUUAUUGAUGGGCACAAUGUAUAUGACUUCAUUGAUCCGGAUAUUCUACAAAGGCUAGAAGAGCUGGAACAAGAAGAAGGGCUUCGGCAGGCUGAGGAGGCUGAUGAUGAUUUUGAGAUGGAUGGCAAGGAAUUAACUCCAGAAGAGCAACAAGCAUUGGCUGAGAUCCGGAAAAAGAAAAGCCUACUCAUUCAACAGCAUAGGGUCAAGAAGAGCACUGCAGAGAGCCGGCCAAUUGUACCAAGAAAAUUUGACAAGGACAGGCAGUUUUCAACAGGGAGAAUGGGAAGGCAGCUAUCUGCCUUGGGGUUGGAUCCAGCUUUGGCCAUUAACCGAGCCCGUAGUAGGUCAAGGGGUCGGAAGAGGGAGAGGUCAGCUGAAAGAGGAGCUAAUGAUGGUGGUGAUAUUAUGGAUAUGGAUGUUGACACACCUAACAAAAAGCAGCGACUUAGGUCUCUAUCCCGAUCUAGGUCGAAGUCACGGCCACCCGGUGAAAUUGUUCCUGGGGAGGGCUUCAAGGACUCUUCUCAAAAGGUUAAGGCGGCAAAACUUGCCAAGAAAUCUGCCAAGAAGAGGAACAAGGAUGCUCGUCGUGGUGAGGCAGACAGAGUAAUCCCUACUUUGAAACCAAAACAUUUGUUUUCAGGAAAGCGCUCUAUUGGAAAAACCCAAAGACGCUGAUUUACAUGAGGGAACACAGUUUAUGCUUUGUGGAGAGAUUGUUCUGAAUCUUGGCUUACUGUUGAAAGAGAGCUUUUGUUCUAUCAAUCUGCUGCUUGGCUGUAGAUUGCACCACGGGAGUAGUGUUCUUUUCAUUGUUAAAACGUAUGCCAAGGCAAUUUUGAGCUUGAUUGCUGUUUGAAGUCAUAACUCUAUUGUCUAUAGCUAGUCUUCUUAAUUUCAUUGUUUUUGUGGAAUGCUUGUUAAGGGAAUUUUGAGUUUGAGAGAGGUUUUAAGUUACAACGUAGUCCGCGACUUGAAAUGGGUUGUUUCAGUUAUUGUUAUAUCAUGCGAAUUCAAUUUUCAA